UGUGUGUUUUGGCCAGAAGGGACACUACUGAAAUUAAAUUUCUGAUGCACUGACAGGUCGAGCGUGAAGAAAAGCUGAGUUAGAAGACGACCAAACAAAGGAGACACCAUAAAGGCAGCCACCGGAGACAAAAAUCAGAGAUUCAUCAGGAAGAUGAAGUGUGUUGCUGCUGUUGUGCUGCUGAGUCUUCUCUCUCUGGGACUCUCUGCUCCUCAGAGCGGCUGUGAUGCUCUGCUCAAACCAAUAACUGUCAGCACUGAAGAAAUGUUGGGUCGGUUGUACUUCAUUGGCGGCAGCUCUGACAUCCCAGGAAGUCGCUCCCUGGCUCACCUGAUGACCAGCGCCUGGUUGGACAUGACUGUCACCUCCAAGAGCAACGUUCUCAACAUCGUCCAGACUCAGCGGAUAUUAGGCGAAUGUUCAAGCUUAGCAUACGACGUGAUCUUUGAAAACAGCACAAUGUUAAUCGAGCAACCUUUCUACCUCAAAGAAGUCUACCUGUCAACAGAGUGUGCAGACUGCCUGGUUGCGAAAGAGGACGUCAUCGCUGGAAACGAUAAUUUUACCAGUCUCCUUAUGUUUAGUAAAAGCAGGAGCGUAUCACCUGCUGCAGUGGAGCUGUUAAAGAAACAAGCAGAAUGCCUUCUGAUGCCGACGCCUAUAAUGUCAAACUCAAACAGUGAAAUCUGCCCUGACAACAUCACGCCCUCCGAGGGGCUCAGUGCCCUCAACUCUGUACUGCAGGCCAAGAUGGGACAUCGGGUGGCAAGACUUUUGGACGCAGUUUUUGACAUGUUCAUAAACUGAAAGAGUGGUUCAAAAAGCCAUUUUAUCGGUCAGUGGUGUGGAAAAA